AUGACAAAUCCCUGGGAAGUGAAUGAUGCCGAAUACCAGAAGAACGUGGCAAUGUUCGGUCAGUUGACCGCCGGACAACCUUAUAUGGAUGCAGUCACCGCGAGAAACGCCCUCAUGCGAAGUAAUUUACCCACACAAGUUUUGUCACAGAUCUGGGCACUAUCAGACCUCGAUAAAGAUGGGCGAUUGGAUAUCCGAGAAUACUCGAUUGCGAUGAGACUUGCGUUCAAUUGUCUAGCUGGAAUGCCUUUACCACCACAACUUCCACCUUCUCUUCUCAUCGUCCCUGCCAGAAGCACCCCAGUACAUCAUCCAAUGCAACAAUGGCCUGGUAGUCGGCAUGGAAGUGUGGACUACUCGCAAACCCUUCCAGCUGGAAUGGAUCGAAGAAUGUCUCAAUCACAGGCCUAUCCAUCAGGACCCCCGCCAGUCGCCGCGUACACACCUUCUGCUCCGGUUUCUAUCGCUGGAACUCCGUCUAGACAUAACUCGAUUUCUGCGGGCAGUCCGUUGUCAACUGACAGAAGUGUGUUUGAUGGGAGACAACUCGAGAAUUGGGCGAUUCCUCAUCAUAAUAAACUGAAAUACUCGCAACUGUUCAAUGCGCUUGACAAGGAUCGAAUGGGAUCAUUGAGUAGUCAAGUUGGAAGAAGUGCUCUUGGGCUAUCGGGUCUACCGACGAAUGUUUUGGCUCAUAUUUGGUUUCUGUCGGAUGUGAAUAAGGAUGGCAAGUUGUCAGUUGAUGAGUAUUCCAUAUCUCAGUAUAUGAUUGAGAUGUUCAAGAGUGGAUACUCUCUUCCAAAAGUGACGCCACCGGAACUCGUCCGAAUGUGUGGAAUCUCUUCUAGAUCUGCAAAUAACACGCCUGAACUCGAACCUGGCGCCGAGCCUCCUCAGAAGACACCGGCACCGAAAACGUUUGAGGACAAGAGACAGGAUAAUUUGUCGAAGGGACAAGCCGAGCUGGAGAGACGACGAAAAAUCCUCGAGGAAGAGGAGCAAAGACGGCGUGCUGAAGUGGAGAAGAAGGAAAGAGAGGAGGAAGCGAAGAGAGAAAGAGAACGGAUGGAGAAGGAACGACAGGCGGAAGCUGAACGACAAGCGGAGAUAGAAAGGAUGAGGAUGUUGGAAGUUCAGAGGGAAGAAGAGGAGAGGAAAAGAAGGGCGGAGUUUGAGAAAAGGAAGGAGGAAGAGGAGAAGGUUAGGAAAGUACAAAUGGAGAAGGCGAAGGUGAAACAGAUGCAGAAUCAAAAGCAACAAGAAAAUGAGCGACUGGCACAACGGCAACAGCGAGAAAAGACUCUACAAUUCCAGCUGCAAGCACUUGAUGAAAAGGCGACAGAUGUUGAAAUGGAUAUUGGAAAAGCAAAGGAAGCAGUGGCCGAUGUGACUGGAUCCAUUGAGAAUAUGAGGUCGACAAGAGAUGAGAAGGUCGCGAAAAUCAAAGAUUUGCAGGAGAUCAACCAGAAGACAGCCAUCGAAUCUCAAGAACUCAGUCACCAACUUCUUCAAAAACAAUCGGCUCACAAAGAAACGACGCAACGAAAGAAUGAAUUGGAAGCGUUGAGAAGAAGACGUGAUGGGAUGAGAAAAGCAAUCGAAGAUGCUGCUCUGGAACUGUCCGCAGAGAAAGAGAAGACUUAUAAUCAAACGGAGACGUUGAAGUCGAAAAAAGAGAAAUAUCAAGGAGAUGUGUACUCGAAGUUGAUAGCGAAGAGAGAGGAGUAUCGGAAGAUGUUCGAAUUAUAUGUUCAUGCUCAAACUCAUGCGAAGAGCAAGAUUGGAGAGUUAGAAGCGAGUCGAGUUCAAGUUGCACCAGCUUCACAGGCUCCACCUCCACCUGUUCAGACGAAUGGAGGAGAAGCUAGUACAAACUUCAAUGAUGCAUUUGCUGAAUUUGAUAGAACUGAUGCGAGUCAAAAGUUUGAUGCGGAUUUUGGAGGAUCCUCGAAUGUGGAUCCAUUCGGAUCAGUUCAAGCACCAGAUGCUGGUCACUCGAAAGGAGCUGUUGAUCAAUCGUCUUUCAAUAUCCAUGACACUCAUAAGUGUCGUGCUUUGUUUGCAUUCGAAGCGAGAUCUGAAGACGAGUUGUCGUUUGAGCCCGGAGACGUCAUUAUUGUAUUCCAAUCCCAUGCCGCUGAACCUGGAUGGCGAGCCGGUCAACUUCGCGAAAAGGUCGGAUGGUUCCCGGAAGCGUUCGUAGAAUCUAUAGCAGCUGUGCCGACGCCAGGCGAUGGACCACCAAUUCAGAAUAUGCCUCCGAAUAUGACACCGAGCUCGUCAAUUGAUCAAAUUGGUGCGAGAGCUGCGAGGAAGGCUGAAAUUGCCGCAGCAAUGGGAGGAGGUGGAUCAGUUGAUGUUCCAGCAGUCGCCGCCCCAAUAACUAUCAUUGCACAGUGUGUUGCACAAUUCCAGUGGAGAGCUAGGAAUGAGGAUGAUUUGUCAUUUGCAAAGGGUGACAUUAUUGAGGUGAUAGAGAAGCAAGAAAUGAAAUGGAAGGGACGAAAUCCUGCUGGAGAAAUCGGAUGGUUCCCGAAAAGUUAUGUGAAAGAGACUGGAUCCACACCGGUAACUUCUCCAUCCAAGCCCGUAGCCUCCCCACCAACCAAUGGAGGACCCAGUGCUCAAUACGAUGUUGUUCCAGCAGAUAUGACGAUUCCAGGAGGACAAGGAGACGGCGAGAUCUACACGGUGAUCUACGAUUUCGAGGCUGUCGAAUCAACGGAUUUAGCGCUGAAUGUUGGUGACACUAUUGUGGUGCUCGAGAAGAACGAUGAAUGGUGGAAAGGGCGUUGCAACGGAAAAGAAGGAAUAUUCCCAGCGAAUUACGUGGAAAGAUCAACUGCAGCAGCCGUCCCAACUUCACCGUCACAACCCAUUGCUGCUGCUCCCGCACCCCCUCCAACAGUUCUUUGUGAAGCAAAAGUGAUCGUAGACUUCACCGCAUCCGCACCAAAUCAAUUGGGAAUCAAAGUGGGAGAGAUUAUUAAAAUCCGUGAGAAGUCUGCAGCUGGUUGGUGGGAAGGAGAAUUGAUUCGAGAUGGAAAACCGAUUGCUGGAUGGUUCCCGGGAGAUUAUGUGAAGGUUAUUGAGGCGACGACCCCGACUUCGCCGUUGAAAGGAGUUAGAGCUUGUGCUCUUUACGAUUAUGAUGCGUCGCAGGCUGAUGAGCUCACUUUCAAGACGGGAGAAGUGAUAAUUAUCACGGAUCAAUCGGAAGCUGAGUGGUGGAGUGGGCAUCGAGCACAAGAACCAUCGAAAUCUGGACUUUUCCCUUCGAAUUAUGUAGAAUUGAAAUAA